CAACCCCACCUUUGUCUCCUUUCUCUUUUACUAUAUAUCUCCCUCCUAUAACCAAACCAUUUUCCUCAAUUCAUCCUUUCUUUAUUUCUAUUCUUCUUGUUUCCAAGUUUUUCUAUCAACACCCCCUUCUUCUCUUCCUUGUCUUCUCAGAGGAAGGAGAAGAAACCAAACAGAGAAGAAUAUAAUUUAUAAUAAACUGAAUAAUAAUAAUUCUAAACACAACACCGACAAAACGACGCUUCUUUCGUCGUUUUCAUUCAUUAUUCAGAUCUAAACGCUCAUACCUUAAUUUUUCUUCAUUUCCUCUCACAAUUUUUGAAUUUUUUUCCAUUCACCAUGGGAACGGAAAUUUUGCUACCACAGGAUUGUUUGCAUGAACGCAUCAGAGUUCCUCCGGCGAGUUUUUCCCGGCGAAGAACUUAUGGAAAUUGCCAUAAUCAAUAUAACAAUUAUGGAAAUGGCAAUAGUAAUACUUUUUAUGGCGCAACAAACUCCGGGAGGAUUAACCGGAGACCGGUUGUUCGACCGGAGCAGAGAAAACGUGAGAGAAGACCUAGCUUCGAUGAUUUGAAGAUUGCGAAAGGUAGUGAAUUGGUGAUGGAGAAGGUGAUGAUUCUCCGGAGAGGCGAAUCGCUUGAUUCGAAGAUGAACAGCGAGGGUUUGAAGAAGGAAGGUGACGAUUUGGUUGUCAUCGGAACACAAAGACUUGGACCCGACCCGAAUAUGGUUCCUAAACAGAUCCGGAUCGUUGAUUUCAAGACCGGUUGCGAAGUUUACGCCGGAUCCGCGUUCGCGAUGUCACCGUCGCCGAGCGCCCUUCCGAUACCGUCUUUUCAGAGGAAGUUUGCGCCGGUGGCCGUCGACGACUCCGCUACGCGGGAUCUGAGACGUCUCCUCCGUAUUGCAUGAGUCUGAAACGGGUCAUUUCCGGGUUUCGGGUCAUAUCCAUAUCCACGUCGACUUUUCAUCUUCUCUUCCUAUUUUGUCUCUCUUCUUAAUCUAGAAUCUUCUUAUUACCCGUUACGUCCCUCUCCCGUUUUUCGAAUUCUAACCCAACCGUGAUUUUUUUAAACGGAAGGGUUGAAUUGAAAUAUGGGGAAAAACUCGGGGCGGAAAUGUGAAUUAUUAAAAGUUUGGAGUAGUGUUAUUGGGAUUUAUUAUGUAAGAUCUUGUUAAUGGGUUGUUAAGGGUAAAAUUUAGGUUGUAAUAUGAAAUUAGAAUUGGGAAAAAAAUGAAAAAAUAAAAAAGAAGAAAGGAUGGGAGGAAGACGGGGGUUGAUUUGUAAAUUCCGGAAGUGUAUGUGCGUUUUGAAGAAUUUGGAAAUUGCGAGAAUCUUGUAGGUUUGUUGUAACCCUUUUGUAUUGUAAAGUUAUAAAAAUUAAAUAGGGAGAUUUGAGCAGAUUCAGAUUGUAUCUUUGUUGUUUUACUACUCUUCAUGAAAUAAACUGGAAGCAAAACACAACUUUAUUAUUUAGAACAAA